AUGGACCAGUACCUACGUAAAGUGGUGUUGUACCACUCAUUAGAAUCGUCAGAAAAAUGGCCAAAGGCAAGAAGGAAGCUGAACCUGGGGAGUUUGCAGGUGAUGCCCGAUGCAGGGACGCAAGAAUUGGCCCAGGUGGCCCAGAUUUGCGAUGGGUUGAGCCAGGAGCUUGAAAACCGACGCAAGUCUGAACAACAGUUCGACCAAUGGUACCAGGAAACGUACUUGGCCUCGAAACCAAAGGGUCUUCUGGAACAGUUGGCACCAAAGAGACGAGCAUAG